AUGAGAACAAUGGUAUUACUGUUCUUCAUGCUGCUCGCCGUCUACGAGUCGGCUCAGCAGCAAACCCUCGAGGAUAAAGUUCAAAACCUUGUCGAUCUCACCUCAAGACAGUCCAUAGUCAAGUUCAAUAUGGACAAAUGGAAGACUCUUGUUCGAAUGCAACCAAGAAAUUACUCAAUGAUUGUCAUGUUCACUGCACUUUCCCCAGGUGUUCAAUGCCCAAUUUGCAAACCGGCCUACGAUGAAUUCAUGAUUGUCGCCAACUCUCACCGCUACACCAGCUCCGAGGGAGAUCGUCGUAAAGUAUUCUUUGGAAUUGUUGACUAUGAAGAUGCUCCACAAAUCUUCCAACAAAUGAACCUCAACACAGCUCCUAUUCUCUACCAUUUCGGACCAAAGCUUGGUGCCAAGAAGCGUCCAGAGCAAAUGGACUUCCAGAGACAAGGAUUCGAUGCUGAUGCUAUUGGACGAUUUGUUGCAGAUCAGACAGAAGUUCAUGUUCGUGUUAUCCGCCCACCAAACUAUACUGCUCCAGUCGUAAUUGCUCUUUUUGUUGCACUGCUCCUUGGAAUGUUGUACAUGAAGAGAAACAGUUUGGACUUCCUCUUCAAUAGGACUGUGUGGGGAUUUGUCUGCCUCGCUAUCACUUUCAUCUUCAUGUCCGGACAAAUGUGGAAUCAUAUUCGUGGACCACCAUUCAUGAUUACCAACCCGAACACCAAAGAACCAUCAUUCAUUCACGGAUCCACUCAAUUCCAACUCAUCGCUGAAACUUACAUCGUCGGACUUUUGUAUGCUUUGAUCGCUAUUGGAUUCAUUUGUGUCAAUGAAGCAGCCGACCAGUCGAACAGCAAAGAUAGAAAGAAUGCUGGAAAGAAGCUGAACCCACUUUCCUUGUUGAAUAUCCCUACAAACACUUUGGCAAUCGCUGGACUUGUGUGCAUUUGCGUCUUCUUCUCGUUCCUUCUGUCUGUCUUCCGCUCCAAAUAUCGUGGAUACCCAUACUCAUUCCUCUUCGCCUAAACGUUUCUUCCUGCCAGAUUUCUAAAUAUUUAAUAAGUUAUUGUAUUAUCUCCUCUCUCUCUCUCCCCAAAGGUUUACUGUUUUUUAAUUACUUGUACCGAAACUAGAAGGUGUUUUCCCCUUCUCCAAAGAAGCUUUUUGUUGUUGGGUUUGUGUGAUAUUAUGUACUUCCUUUUUCUCUCAAAAUUCCGGAUUGAAUUGUAAUUUAAGUUAAAUAGAAAAGAUAAAUAUUAAUUUAUUCA